CUGUGCCUGCCACUGGGUUUCUGUACACCCUCACAGCAGUCAUUACUCAAACACACCAUCACAUCCACGCCUGCAGCAGUAAACAUAUGGAGUACUACUGCUUCCUCCUGCUCUGGAUCUGCAGCCAACAUUUAGGGUUUCGUGUCUGCUUCAAUAUUGACAUAAAGAAACCCAGAAUCAUCAAAGGCCCAAAGCAAACCCAAUUUGGAUACACUGUUCAGCAACAUGUUGCUGCUGGAGGAGAUAAAUGGUUAUUAGUGGGUGCCCCAUAUGAAAUGACUGGAACUUACCAAACAGGGGAUGUAUAUAAAUGUGCACUGAGCAAACGGACCAAUGGCAACAAUUGCUCAAAGCUCAAUUUAGGAAAGAUAUCUCUGACCAACGUAUCAGAACGAAAGGACAGAAUGAGGCUGGGAAUGACGCUUGUGUCUAACCCUAAAGACAGCAGCUUUGUGGCUUGUGGCCCAUUAUGGUCAUAUGAGUGUGGCAGCUCUUACUACAGCACUGGAAUAUGCUCCAAAGUUAAUGCAAGCUUCAAGUUUUCCAGGACGAUUAUCCCUGCCUUUCAGAGAUGUGAAACCUUUAUGGACAUAGUCAUUGUUCUUGAUGGCUCCAACUCUAUUUAUCCCUGGUAUGAAGUGCAGGAUUUUCUCAUUAACAUUCUUCAAAAGUUCCAUGUUGGACCAGGUCAAAUACAGGUCGGAGUUGUCCAGUAUGGCGAGAAGGUGGUGCAUGAAUUCCAACUCAGUGAUUACAAAUCAGUAGAGGAGGUGGUAAAAAGGGCACGCAGCAUCGAUCAGCGUGGUGGAGAGGAGACCAACACAGCUCUUGGCAUCAGCACAGCACGCUCACAAGCUUUCAAACAAGGAGGUCGACGUGGUGCCAAGAAGGUAAUGAUUGUUAUAACUGAUGGAGAGUCACAUGACAGCGCGGAUCUUCAGCAGGCCAUUGAGGACAGUGAGAAGGAUGGCAUCACCCGUUAUGCCAUUGCUGUGCUUGGCUACUACAACCGCAGAGGAAUCAAUCCUGAGGCCUUCCUUAAUGAAAUCAAGUACAUCGCCAGCGACCCUGAUGACAAGCACUUCUUUAAUGUGACAGACGAGUCAGCUCUGAAAGACAUUGUCGAUGCACUUGGGGAAAGGAUCUUCAGCCUUGAAGGGACCAGUAAGAAUGGGACUGCAUUUGGCCUCCAGAUGUCUCAGGCAGGUUUUUCCGCACACAACGUGGAGGAUGGCAUUUUGGUGGGUGCAGUCGGUGCUUACGACUGGAAUGGAGCAGUGCUAAAGGAAACACGACAGGGGAAGGUGAUCCCUCCAAAGUCAUCCUACAUGCAGGAGUUUCCUGAAGAACUCAAAAACCAUGGCGCAUACUUAGGGUAUACUGUAACAUCUGUGGUGUCAUCCAGAAAUGGUCGUCUGCUCGUAGCAGGAGCUCCUAGAUUUAACCACACCGGAAAAGUCAUUAUCUUCACUCUGAAGAACACGGGGAACCUCACCAUCCUGCACUCAGUCAAGGGCCACCAGAUUGGCUCCUACUACGGCAGUGAGAUUGCACCUAUGGAUAUAGAUGGAGAUGGUAUAACUGACAACCUUUUAGUGGCAGCCCCGAUGUUCUUCAGUGCAGGCUUGGAGAAAGGGAAGGUCUACAUCUACAGAGUAACUGAGCUGAGUCGUUUCAUUCCCGAAGGAGUAUUGGAAAUCCACAACGGCGGCCAGAACGCACGCUUCGGCUCCUCUCUCGCUCCUGUCCCUGAUCUCAAUGGUGACAGCUUCAACGACUUGGUGGUAGGAGCUCCACUAGAAGAUGACCACAAAGGGGCCAUUUAUGUUUUCUUCACCCAGCACAACAGAAUACUACGGAAAUAUAAACAGAGAAUAGCAGCUUUAGAGUUGGCUGCAGGCCUGCAGUACUUUGGCCGCAGUAUUCAUGGCACCAUGGACAUGAAUGAUGAUGGUUUAGUGGACCUCGCAGUGGGUUCCCUUGGUGCAGUUGUUCUCCUCUGGUCAAAGAGCGUUGUGCGGAUAUAUGCCAAUGUUAGGUUUGAGCCCAGUAAGAUUAACAUCUUUGUGAAAGACUGUCAGCGAGGUGGCAAAGACGUGACCUGCAUGUCAGCUAUUGUGUGCUUCAACAUCACUGCCAGGACAGCCGUUCUUCCCACACAGGAAAUAGGGAUCAGGUAUAACAUCUCCAUUUUGGAGAGGCGUUUCAAUCCUCGGGCCAUAUUGGAUCACCCAAACAAGAUGCAGCCUCAAAACCUGACGCUCCUUCCUGGACACGAGACCUGCGAACACAUCUACUUCCAUGUCAUGGAGACCACAGACUAUGCAAGACCCAUAGUGUUUGCUGCGCAAGUAGGACUGCAAGAUCCAGACCAAGGACCUGUUCUUGAUGACAGCUGGCCUGCUAUUGUAAAAACUGAGCUGCCCUUCUGGAAUGGUUGUGACGAGGACGACCGCUGCCUGCCGGACCUGUCCCUGCAGAGCACAAAUGACCUGAUGACUCGAAAACAGUUCUGUGUUCGUCCUGUGCAGUCUCGUGGCGUUUUCUGCCGCCAUCAGGCCGGAGCAGGGGCGGAGGGAUCGCUGCGGGUGAUUGAGGGAAACAAGAGAAGGAUGGUGGUGGACGUCAAACUGGAGAACAGAGGAGAGAAUGCCUACAAUACUCUUGUCAAUAUCACAUACACACCCAAUCUGCGCUUUUCAAGCCUCAUUGUCAAGGACACAUCAGAAAUAAAAAUUGAGUGUAACACAGACAUGAAGAGAAAUGAGAAGAUUUGCAAUGUCAGUGCACCAUUCAUGCGAGCCAAGUCACAGGUUUUGUUUCGCCUGGAGUUUGAGUUCAGUCGUACCAUCUUCCUGAAGCACCUCAGAGUUCUCCUGGAGGCCAGCAGUGAUGGCGAAGAAGUGAACACAGCAGAUAAUUUUAAUGAGAUCUAUUAUACACUGAAAUAUGAGGGAGACAUUCUCUUUACCAGGGACUCAAUUCCAACACGCUAUGAGAUCAAAUCAGAGCUCUCACUAGAAGAACCUGGGGUCAUCGGCCCUCCUUUUAACUUUACUUUCCAGAUCCAGAACCUUGGAUAUUUUCCAGUUAGAGAUCUGCAGCUGAACAUUGAGAUCCCAGAAAUGACAAAAAAUGGGAACCAGCUCCUGCAGCUAUUUGACUUCCAUAUUGAUCAGAGAGAUGGUACACUCUGUUUACCACCUCAGCAUAUCGCACAGAGCAGAGCUUCCCCUGAGGAUCUCACCCGCUUCUCCCGCUUGAACCGAUCCAACACACUCAUCUUGCCAAUCCAGUGUACGGUGAAUGUUGCCUCCCACAGAGGCAUCGAAGUUCAAAUCACAGGAGCGCUGAGAAUAGACACAUUACACGCACUGAAGUUCAAAAUCCUGGAACUGAUAACGAGUGCUUCAGCGGAGCUCCCCUCGACCAGCCCCAUGUUUUUACAAGAAGAAAAGCCUGUCAGACAUAUAAUCUUGGAGAUCAGGAAGGAGGGAGAUUACAGAAUCCCUACAUGGAUUAUUGUUGGCAGCACCCUGGGAGGGCUCUUAUUGUUAGCUCUUCUCAGCCUGGCUCUGUGGAAGCUUGGAUUCUUCCGCAGACAGAAGCGGAAAGACAAGGAGGAGCAGGAGGCCAAUGGGAAAGUAGCAGAGGAGCGAUAAUGCAGGCUGAGUGAGUCCUGCAGACACCUUUUCCACAGGGGACGAGAGACUCAGGGACCACCUCACCUCCCCCACCGGUCUCCAGCCCCACAGUGGCUGUUACACAGACAGAGCUGCAUGUCAACUGAUGCAAGGCUUAUUCAUUGCACUGGACCUGUCCCACGUCACCAGCCUCUGACCCUCAAGUCAGCACUGUCACACUCACUCAGCACUCUUGCACUGGUACAACAUUGGUCCUUCUUUCAUUUUUGUAUUCCAUUGCCUGUGGUGUUGUCCCUCCACAGAUCUUGGAGCUGUGGUGAUUUUUUUUUUUUUUGUCUUCUGGCCAUAUGUAGAAAUGAAUGGAACUAUUUCUAUUAAUUUGGUUCAACGGUUUUUGGCUAUUUCCUAUUUGUGUAUAUUUAUUUAUCAUUAAUUAAUCUUGUACAAAUGUUUGUACCUAGUAAAACACCUCAUGGGUGACUCUCCACCCAACUGAUGAUGCAAUUGUCAAGGCAUUAUACAGUAAUAAUCAGCAUUGUUUAGUUGUCAGAAUUUAAGAAAGAAGAAAAGAUGCAUGAUGUUUAGCUUUCAGAUAAAUUUCUUUACCAUAGUAAAGGAUGCUCCUGAAUCUUACAUCUUCAAACAGACACACGAUGCUCUAUAAAUAUUUUGAUGCACUUUUUACAUUGUAAAAAAGUAACUUGAAUUUGUAAAUAACCCAGUGCCUUUUUAAAUACCCUUACAGUGUUAUGUUUUCUACAAUAUUUCCCACAUUAUAUAUAUAUAUAUAUAUAUAUAUAUAUAUAUAUAUAUAUAUAUAUAUAUAUAUAUAUAUAUAUAUAUAUAUAAAUCCUUUUUUAAGUUAAGCAAAAAAACUUGGCUUUAUGUCACAUGAUCACAGUAUGAGACAGUUUCAUGCCUUUUAUUGUGCACUGCAUCAGAGCAAAAGGUGUGCAUGAAAUACUAAUUAUAAGCAGAUGGUAUAAAUAUUAGUACAGAAAUAACAUAUGGGCCCAACUGUAAUAUGGUGAAAAGUAAAACAUCCGUAAUGUUUAUUUUUGUCUUUAUUGAUUAUCUAAGGAGUUUCAACUGCAAAAUAAACUGGAAAUGUCCCUCUCACAUUAUUCUUUUAUCAAUCAAUAAUUGAUUCCUGCUAAUGCAAGCUAUACCUGUUGCUGUGCAAUUUAAAAGAAAAGCAAAGAAUAAAUUGAUGUGGAAAUAGA